UUAGACUGCUGCAGCCUGAGUCUUCACUGGGCUCAGCUCUUUAGAGCUGCCCAUCCCUCCGGCUGCGAGAAAGGACGCGCGCCCUGCGUCGGGCGAAGAAAAGAAGAAAAACUUGUCGGAGGGGUUUCGCCAGCCCACAUUAACCCCCUUCCCGCAAACCCAAACCUCCCGCCAAGGGCCAUCCCAACACUGGGGAAAGUUCCUUGCGAGCCGACAGCCCUCUUGGAUUUGGAGGAGGCAGCCGCGCUGGCUGUGGAAUUAGGUCUGUUUUGAACCCAGCGGAGCGCAUCGCGGGGGCUCGGAAGCCCCAGUCUGCGGGCGCCCGGGGGGCGCUGCCCGUACGGAGCCGAGAGUUCACGAGCCCCGGCUGCAAGUGGCCCUUCCUCCCCGCCGCCGGCGUCCUGUGUCUGGGGCGAGGGCUUCCAGUGUUGUGGCAAGUUGCGAAGAGAGACUCGGAGGUCCGGAGAGGACUGCACUCCCCCGGCUCUCCCUUCCUCUUCCCAGCUCCCGAGUGUGAAAUUCCCACCGAAAUUCACAAAGGCCUCCGGGUUCAGCCAGACCCGUCCGCCGCGCUUGGCCCCGGCGUCCCCAGCGUCCCGACUGCCACCCGGAGCCUCCAAGCACCCGGCGCCGGGGAAGGACUGUCGGGGAGGGGGCGGGGGGUCUCGGCGGCGGCAUGGCGAGGUUCCCGAGGGCAGACCUGGCCGCUGCAGGAGUUGUGUUACUUUGCCACUUUUUAAUGGACCGUUUUCAGUUCACUGAAGGGGAGCCUGGAAACCAAAUCAAUGAUUGGCAAUAUCAAGUCGCUCAGGUCUUCCCCCAAACAGAAAAGGAAGUUGAAGUGGACACGCAUGCAUUCAGUCACCGGGGGAAAAGGAGCGUGGAUUCUCUCAAGGCAGUAGACUCGAACCGAGCAAGCAUGGGCCAAGACUCUCCAGAGCCCAGAGGCUUCACGGACCUGCUACUGGAUGAUGGACAGGACAAUGCCACCCAGAUUGAGAGGAUCUCACGUAAUGUCAGUGGUUUUGAAUCAGUGGAAAAAGAGGAGGAGGAAGGAGAGUGCAGGCACAGAGAGCUAUGUGCUGGGACACUAGAACAAAAUGACCACAAACUGGCCAGCUUAAACAACAAGCAUUCAUUUCUCACAGUUCUGCAGCCUGCAACGUCCAAAAUCAAGCUUCUGGAAGGUUUGGUGUCUGAUGAGAGCCCACUUCCUGGUUCAUAG